AUGAAAAGUCUGCAGGAUAUUCAUAAAAAGAAUUAAUAAUAAAGAGCUACAUUUGCUCUAAUGAAUUAAGUGAAUAAUCGUACUUAAAUGGGAUGGUUCACUCCUUAACCCUCGAAUGAUUUAUAAUCUCCUUUCGGAAAUAGUCUUAGUUAAUUCUCUUAAUAAACAUCAGAACAUAAUAUUAUACAUAAUACUCGUGGCACUUUACAUUCAUUGAGUUAAUCUAUAGAAAGAUAAAUAUAAUCAAGAGAAAUAGCAAGAUAAGUAAGAAAAUAAAAUGCUUAAUAAUCAGCAAGAUAAGAAAAACAUUUCUUUGGAACAAUUAAUGGCAUUCCUAAAAUCAAUUCACCUAAAACUUAAGCAAAUUAAACUACAUCUAUGUUUUAACCGAAUUUAAUUAAAGUUGAUCCUAAAAUUAAAAGAUAACUUAGUGAAAUGAGUAAAAGAAACUUCCUUCAUUUUCUCUUAGUCUAAAAAGUUGGACAAGUAAAUUCUGUUUAUAUUAGUAGAAAGAUGAAAAAUAAUUCUAUGAAUAUUUAAAAAAGACUUAUAAUUUUGAACCUCCUUAACCUAUAGAAGAAUAAUAAAUUAAAGUCUCAAAGAAAGGCAUCAAAUAUUUAUUUACUAAAGAAGAUGAUGAUGAAACUAUUAAAAAAACAAGUUAAUAAAUAUUAAGAAUGCAUAAAUUACAUCAUGGUAGAGAAGUCCCUUUAGAUAAAUAUGUUUAAGAAACAUAUGAAUAAUAAUUGAGAAGAUUUCCUAAAGUAAGAGAGAAAUUAGAAUAAUCUAAAAAAAAUCAAUUAGAAUAAUCAUGA